AUGAUAUGGAUUCGAUCGGACCAGGACAAAGAGAUUGAGAUCCGGUACAGUAUAACAGGAGCCGGAGCAGACCAGCCUCCCAAUGACGUCUACAUCAUUGAUCCUGGACAGGGGAAAAUGUCUGUCACUAAACCUUUGGACAGAGAGGAGAGAGCCUCCUACCACCUUAGAGCUCAUGCAGUGGAUAUUAAUGGGAACCAAAUGGAGCCUCCUAUUGAUCUGUACAUUUAUGUCAUUGACAUGAAUGACAACAGACCCGAGUUUAAGAACCAGGUCUACAACGGAUCAGUUGCCGAAAUGUCCAAACCAGGCACUUCUGUAAUGCAGGUAACGGCCUUUGACGCCGACGACAGCACCACGGCAAACGGGCUGGUGCACUAUCGCAUCCUGAGCCAGACGCCACACAUCCCCAUUCCCAACAUGUUUACUAUUAACGGAGCCACAGGAGAGAUCAGCACCAUCGCUACCGGCAUCGACAGAGAGAAAGUGUCUCAGUACACCAUUAUAGUCCAGGCCACCGAUAUGGAGGGCAGCCUGAACUUCGGCCUGUCCAACACCGCCACGGCCCUCAUUAGCAUCGCUGACAUCAACGAUAACCCUCCGGAGCUGGACUCAAAAACAUUCUUAGGAGAGGUCCCAGAGAAUGCUGUGGGUGUGGUGGUGGCCAAUUUGACAGUCAGAGACAAGGACCAGCCUCAUACACCAAAUUGGAACGCCGUCUAUAGGAUUACAGGAGGAGAUGCGAUGGGCCAUUUCGCUAUACGCACUGACGAGGUCACCAAUGACGGCAAGGUCAUAGUGGUUAAGCCGGUCGACUAUGAGAGGAAUGACGCCUUCACGCUGAUGGUGGUGGUGUCGAACCAAGCUCACCUAGCCAGCGGGAUCCCCUCCUCGCCGUCCUCCUCUGCUGCUGUUUCUAUCAAAGUACUGGAUGUCAACGAGGCCCCCGUCUUUCCUUCCAACCCUAAAGUCAUCCGUUUUGAAGAGGGGGUGCCUGCUGACACCACCCUCGCUACUUUUGCUGCACUGGAUCCAGACCGCUUCAUCCAGCAGACUAUCAGGUACUCCAAACUGUCAGAUCCAGCCAACUGGCUGAAAAUCAACAGGACCAAUGGAAGGAUUACCACCACAGCAGUGCUGGACCGCGAAUCGCCUUAUAUGAAGAAAAACGUGUAUGAAGCGACCUUUUUGGCCGUGGACACUGGUUCCCCUCCUGCCACAGGAACUGGUACUGUCCAGAUUUAUUUGAUAGAUGUGAAUGACAACGUGCCUGUCUUAGUUCCUCAAGAGGCUCUGGUCUGCGAGCGGUCACGACACGGAUAUCCAGUCAACAUCACAGCCUCCGAUUUAGAUUCAGAGCCCAACGCUGGCCCGUAUGUCUUUGAGCUGCCCUCUUACCCCUCUUCUGCCCGUCGUAACUGGACCAUUUCACGCCUGAAUGGUAAUUAUGCCCAGUUGAAACUCCGGAUCCCGUACCUGGAGGCAGGCAUGUACAGAGUUCCCAUUUUAGUUUCCGACUCGGGAAACCCUCCCCUGUCCAACACCUCUGUCUUGAAGGUGAAGGUGUGUCCCUGUGAUGAAAACGGAGACUGUACUGUGCUCGGGGCAGUGACUGUGGCCGGGCUGGGAACCGGAGCCAUCAUCACCAUCCUCAUCUGUAUCAUUAUACUGCUCAGUAUGGUUCUGUUCUUUGUGGUGUGGGUGAAGCGAAGGGAGAAGGAGCGUCAGACGAAGCCCUUAUUGAUCGACCCUGAGGAUGACGUCAGAGAUAAUAUCCUGAAGUAUGAUGAAGAGGGAGGAGGAGAGGAAGAUCAGGACUAUGAUCUGAGUCAGCUGCAGCAGCCUGAGUCUCUAGAUCACAUCAUGAGCAAGCCUGCAGGUGUGCGGAGAGUGGACGAGAGACCCGUUAUCCUAGAAUCUCAGUACCCUGUCCGGCCCACGGUGCCACACCCAGGGGACAUCGGGGAGUUCAUCAUUGACGGUCUGCGCGCGGCGGAUAAUGACCCCACUGCUCCUCCCUACGACUCCCUGCUGGUGUUUGACUACGAGGGCAGCGGCUCCACAGCGGGCUCCGUUAGCUCCCUGGACUCCUCCAGCUCUGGAGAACAGGACUACGACUACCUCAAUGACUGGGGUCCUCGCUUCAAAAAGCUGGCAGACCUCUACGGAGGAGGGGGAGAUGACUGAAGGUGGGAACUCGAGGAAGACGGGGGGGAACGGAGAGGGCCAGGAGAGACAAUUGGCUUCUCAGAUGUUUUAUUGAGAAGUCGCACGCCAAGCCUCCAAGUGGGCUGAUUAUCUCUCAACUAAAGUUCCUCUGCACGCUACGGAGGCAUCGAGAGGGGGAGGGUAUUGCCCUGCAGCCUGCUUUGGACCUUUGCUGCAAUCCACAAGUAUUUUACGGCUUUUUACAAUAUUUCGCGUUGUGGUUUCUUCAGUGUUGUUUUGUCACUCCUCUCGGACCACCUAGAGGCUCAAGAUGGAAUCCAGUUGCGACAACGAAUUCUCGACGUGUGGGAAUAAAACAAAAACGAGUGCGCACGCUCGUUUUUUUUGUUCGCUUUAUCACUAAAGAGAGUUCCACACACACUUUUUCUCUCAACUUGAAUUUCAGUAGAACAGAAGCACUGUUGUUGAUAAAGUGCCUUUUGUGGUGUGUUUUGUAUCGGACUCCUGCAAUCUCAGGGUCGGUUGCCAUUUUGAAAAGUUUCUUCUGUUGGGCACACACUCCCCAGUUCCUGUCCGCUCUUCUCGACUACCUUUUGCUUUCCUUUCAUCCCUGCAUUACCGGUGCAGAACGCCUCUUUGACUACUAUGUGGAAAACAAACAAAGGAAACAGAGAAUGUUUUGUCAAGACUUUUGUUGAUAAACACAGGACUCAUUUUCCCUUCAGAAAUCUCAUUCUCCCUUCAGAAAUUGGAGCGUAUGAAGUACAGUGAUCCAAUUAUAAAAAUCAUAAUUUCUUAAAUUUCUUUUGUUUUUUUUUUUUGUUUUUUUAACUUGACCGACCACGACCAUAUAAUGUUAUGUUGUGUACUGGUUGUGUAAAAAAAAAAAAAAAUCAAGGUCUUUAUUUUCUAAAAGAAGAAAAUAUAUUACUGGAGAAUGCCUUUUAGCUCAUACUCUUGCCUGCCUUGUACGAUUUUGUGUUGCGUUUCCGAAUUGUAAAGGUAAUUUAGGCAUGACAAGUUGCCAGACAGCGAGACUAAAAGUGAUGGCUGAAGAAACCCGACUCUAAAAGGAUUGCAUCAGAAGAAACCUUCUUUUUUGUCUUGAACAUUCCCCUUUUCUAACUUUAUAAGUUGAUUCAAAUAUUAGACGUGCAUGACUUCUUUCAAAACAAUGUCUCAAAUCUCUCGCACUUGUUCCUCUGUGGUCAGAAUGUGAAAAGUAGUUGGCAAAGAAUAUACACAAUACGGAAUAAAUAUAAUCUGAAAAAAAUAAAAAUAAAAAACAUACAAAAAAAUAUUCAAAAUGUUUAAAAUGCUGUAAAAUACUUAUUUUUGAAGUAUUAUUUAAAACAUCUGCUGCUCUUCAAGCUCCAAGUCGGGCUAAAUGACAGUGUCUGGGCCUAUUUGGUUUUUAUUGUGCUUGAAUGUGUGUGUGUGAGUGUGUGUUUGUCUAUAUCCUGUAGGAUUUUUUAAUUCUCUUUUUAUAUGUUUGUCUUUUGUAUUUUU